AUGAACUCUUCAAGCACUGAUAAUAUCACAAUAUCUUCCAAAAUUGUUCAAGAACAAUCCAUUGGGUCUUUCACUGAAAACCCUACUUUUACAUCUUCAGAUAAUAUUAGUAACCCUACUACUAUCACUUUUAUGAUUACACAGAAAAUGCCCUCAGAAACGAUCAUUAAACCUUCUCCUGUAAAUCAACCUACAAAAUCAUACCUUGAAAAAGAUUCUGUUCCAUAUUUGAUAUCAGAUGGUAUUAAAGAUAUCUCUGAAUAUAAAUCAGUAGAUGAAUAUAUGUACGAUUUUGAAGAAGAAGAAGAAGAAGAAAAUGAAGAAAAUGAUAACAGGUUUGACAUAACCGUACAAGGUUACCAUGGUUGUCCAAUGCAAUUCAUAAAUCCAAUGAUCUUUGAGACAAUUAAAUCAAGAAAAACAAAUCCCGUAUUAAAUCAAGGUGGAUUUUCAACCAUGGGAGGUUUAAGACUUCCUGGUUUAAAGAUGAAUGAAGAUUUAUAUCUAAAUGAAGACAACGAAGAUCUCUAUUAA